UUCUUCUCAGUUCUCACUCACAUUGUUUCUUUUCAUUUUUCAUGGACGGAUUAUUAGUGACUCACUGAGUCAAAUCUGAGAUAAUUUCCUAUUCGUAUAAUGUCGCUUUGUUUCUCAACUUUCUCCUAUCACCGUCUUCCUACCUGAGUUUCUUCUUUCACUCUAUGGUAACUGGACUCUGGUUUGCAAGCAAUCUCUUGUUCUCUGAACUUUGCCAUAGCAUUAAGUAUUGUUGCAGCGAUGUAAAAAUUUAUAGUACUGUCAAAUAUCAAACAUCAAUUCAAAUAGACAUUUGAUUUGAUAAGCUGAUCUUAAUUUCUCUGAAAGUUUCAUUUUCCAGAAGUCUUGGUUUGGUUAUGAGCCAUGAUUUUUGGAAAGAAACUAUUAGUACAUUACAUAUUUUAGACUUUUAGUUCUUGUUUACUGCUUAGGUUCAGGCAUGGGCUACUUUCGAAAAGGCAGAUAAAGUAAAAACACAAACACAGAUAGAGGAAAAAUUAGUUGAGAUGUUUUGAUUUUAGUUGUAAUGGUAAGGUUCAUAGCUUGUUUAUUUUUGAGCCAGCAAGAUUUUGAACCUGUAAAUUGAGAAUGGCUUGUUUGGCACUUAGUCCAAUGUAUGAAAAUGGUGAAUAUACCGGUCGUUUUAGUCCUCAUACGAGGGAUUCAAUUUAGAUUUACCUGUGAUCCCAUGCAUAUUAUGGAGACGGAUUCCAUUGCUUCGGUGAAGCUGAGAAUUCAAACCUUUAAAGGAUUUUUUGUAAAGAAAUCGAAACUGAUUUUUGAAGGGAAGGAAUUGGCUCAGGACAAAUCCUGUGUCCGUGAUUAUGGAGUUGCUGAUGGAAAUGUUUUGCAUCUAGUUCUAAGAUUUUCUGAUCUUAAAGCUAUUACAGUUAGGACUUUAUCUGGUAAGGAGUUUGGGUUUUAUGUCGAGAAGACUAGGAAUGUGGGUUAUGUGAAGCAGCAGAUUGCAAGGAAAGGGCAAGGGUUCUUCGAUCUUGCAGAUCAAGAAUUGGUAUGGAAAGGCGAGGCACUUGAAGACCAGAGACUUAUUGAGGACAUCGGUAAGAACAGCGAUGCUGUGAUUCAUUUGUUGGUCAGGGUAUCAGAUGCCAAGGUAAGAACUAAACCAGUAGAAAAGGGUUUUGAAUUAUCAAUUGAGGCAUCCUCGGUAUCUGAUAGAGUACCAAAUUUCGCUGCAGACCAGUUAGCGCCACUGUCUAUAACAAAUAAGGUCCCGAAGAGGAACCGGUUGACUAGUGAAUUUCUUUUGGAACCAAUUUUUAAGAAUUCCAAUAUCAAAAUUCCACCACUGAUCCUGGAACUAGUUAAAAUUACAUUAGAGGGGUUAGAGAAAGGCCGCAAACCAAUUCGUUCAUCAGAGGGAUCGGGAGGAGCUUAUCUCAUGCAUGAUUCAUCUGGCUUGAAGUAUGUUUCAGUUUUCAAGCCUACUGAUGAGGAGCCAAUGGCAAUUAAUAAUCCUCGCAGCUUACCUAUCUCUAUCGACGGUGAAGGGUUAAAGAAAGGAACACGAGUAGGGCAAGGUGCGUUGAGAGAACUUGCAGCUUACAUCUUGGAUCAUCCGAGGAAAGGACCUCGCUCAUAUCACAACAAUGAGGAGCAGGGGUUUGCCGGAGUUCCGCCUACAGUUAUGGUCAAAUGCUUGCAUGAAGGGUUCCAUCAUCCGGAAGGUUACAAGAAUGUUAAAAUAGGAUCACUUCAGAUGUUUAUGAGGAACAUUGGAAGCUGCGAAGAUAUGGGCCCUAGUGCAUUUCCGGUGGAAGAGGUUCACAAGAUCUCUGUGCUGGAUAUCAGGUUGGUAAAUGCAGAUAGACAUGCCGGGAACAUUUUGGUUGCCAAGAACGGUGAAGACGACCCAACUGUCCUUAUUCCAAUUGAUCAUGGCUAUUGCCUACCCGAGAGUUUUGAAGACUGCACUUUUGACUGGUUAUACUGGCCACAAGCUCAAGAACCUUACUCCCCAGACACCAUUGAGUACAUAAAAUCUCUUAAUGCAGAAGAUGAUAUCAAGCUUUUGAAAUCUCAUGGAUGGGAACUUCCUCCUGAAUGCGCCCGGAUCGUUCAUAUAUCAACCAUGCUUCUUCAGAAAGGUGCAGAGAAAGGACUCAAUCCUUUCACUAUUGGAAGCAUUAUGUGUAGAGAAACAUUGAAGAAAAAGUCUGUCAUUGAGCAGAUUAUUCAGAAGGCGGAAGAAGCUGCAUUUCCCGGAACAAGCGAAGCUGCAUUCCUUGAUCUUGUUUCUGUGAUCAUGGAAAAUCAUUUAGAAGGGCUGUUCCCAUGACUAUAAUGGAAUGCUUAUGGAAUUUCUGUGCUAUAUCAUUCCAAUGUUCUGUGCUUCUUGAGUCAAUAUGCAAUGUUUUGUAUUGCCAAUAUAAAUAAAAAAUUUC